GAGGUCCGUCCUGCAGGGGGCGGGGUCUGGGCCCGGAGCCGACUUCCGAUACGGGGUUUCCGGGGCUGGGCCAUCCCGUGGGCACGCCCGCGGGUGGUUCUCGCGUGUCCGCCUCUCCCGUGUCCGCCUCUCCCGUGUCCGGACCGGUGAGUUGCAGUCCUCUCUCGGGCUUGACUGCCUUUCCCGCCCCGACCGGUUCUGGUCUGGGGCCGCGACCCUGUGCUGGAUGCGGGGCCCACGAGCGUGGCGGGACUGCUGACCCUCGGGUCACGGAGCGCGUGGUGCCCGACCGGGAGUUGCAGGGACCCCGGCGCAUCGGACGGAUCUCCGCGAGCCGCCUGACGCAGCGAGGGCCGUGCCCGCCGCGGCCACACCCCCAGUCUCGACUUUGCCCUGGCUGUUGGCAGGCUCGCAUACACUGGAGGCGUGUGGCUCCUGAGAGGUGGCCCUGCCCCGGAGUGCUUGUCUCGUGCCUUUGCGGCUGGACGAGAUCUUCAGUUCCCAGAAGAGCUGGAGCAUCUUCUUUGGACCUAGGUGGGGAAAGAAGAGCUGGCUGUGACCUUUUCCCUGUCCUGGAGGCCCCCAGCUUUGAGCUGAAUGGCAGCACCCCCGCUGGGCCGUCUGGUGCUGACCCACCUUCUGGUAGCCCUCUUUGGCAUGGGCUCAUGGGCAGCCAUCAACGGGAUCUGGGUGGAGCUGCCUGUUGUGGUGAAAGACCUUCCAGAGGGAUGGAGUCUCCCCUCGUACCUCUCUGUGCUCGUGGCACUGGGAAACCUGGGCCUGCUGGUGGUGACCCUGUGGAGGCGGCUGGCCCCGGGCAAGGGCGAGCGGGCCCCCAUCCAGGUGGUGCAGGCGCUGAGUGUGGUGGGCACAGCCCUGCUGGCCCCACUGUGGCAACACCUGACAGUGAUGGCAGGACAGGUGCACUCUGUGGCCUUCCUGGCCCUGACCUUUGUGUUGGCGCUGGCCUGCUGCGCCUCCAACGUCACUUAUCUGCCCUUCCUGAGCCGCUUGCCGCCUCCCUUCUUGCGUUCCUUCUUCCUGGGUCAGGGCCUCAGUGCCCUGCUGCCCUGUGUGCUGGCCCUAGGACAGGGUGUGGGCCGCCUCGAGUGCCCGCCGGCUCCCGCCAACGGCACCCCAGGCCCCCCCCUGGACUUCCCAGAGCGUUUUUCUGCCAGCGCCUUCUUUGGGGCCUUGACUGCCCUACUGGUCAUUUCAGCUGCCGCCUUCCAGGGCCUCCUGCUGUUGUUACCAUCACUGGUAUCUAUCCCCACAGAGGGCUCAGGGACUGGCCUGCGGGGGGGCGCCCCAGGAGUGGAGGAGGAGGAAGAGGAAGAGGCCUCGCCGCUGCAAGAGCCACCUAGUCAGGCAGCAGGCAACACCCCCAGCCCAGACCCUGCAGCCCAUCGGCUGCUCUCCGCCCGUGGCGCCUGCCUGCUGGGCCUGCUGGCCACCACCAGUGCUCUGACCAACGGCGUGUUGCCUGCCGUGCAGAGCUACUCGAGCUUGCCCUAUGGGCGCUUGGCCUACCACUUGGCUGUGGUGCUGGGAAGUGCCUCCAACCCCCUCGCCUGCUUCCUGGCCAUGGGCAUUCUAUGCAGGUCCCUGGCAGGGCUGGGUGGUCUCUCUCUGCUUGGCACACUCUUUGGGGCCUACCUGAUGGCACUGGCAAUCCUGAGCCCCUGCCCACCCCUGGUGGGCACCUCUGCAGGGAUGGUCCUUGUGGUGGUGUUGUGGGCUCUGUGUCUGGGCGUGUUCUCAUACGUGAAGGUGGCUACCAGCUCCCUGCUGCAUGGGGGCGGCCCGCCGGCAUUGUUGGCAGCUGGCGUGGCCAUCCAGGUGGGCUCCCUGCUCGGUGCUGUCACCAUGUUCCCGCCCACCAGCAUCUACCGCGUGUUCCAGAGCAGGAAGGACUGUGUGGACCCCUGUGGACCCUGAGUCGGGGCGGGGACUUCACUCCACCCCACCCCCACCCCCGCGUCUUCGGGUUGGGGCUGCCGCAGUGCCUGUCUGCCCACGGCCCCGGGAGGCCCGGCCCACACGUGGCCAGUCCGGGACCCCUGCACACUCCACGGGAGAGCCUGGGGCACAGGGCAGGCUCAGAGCCAGGGCCCGGCCGGGGACUCUGUGCAGUUUGUACAAUAAAGCACUUGGCUUCCGUCAUUGGAUUCAAUCCCG